AUGCAAAAUUUGACUGAAUUCCCAGGCAAUGCCACAUCCAGCGACACCACAGCUAUAAUCCUAAAGGUGUGUGUGGUGAUCCCACUGUUUAGUGCCUUUCUCUACUUUAUUCUGCUGAUGCUGCAUAUAUUUGCAUCACAUCGCCAAUUCUUGGACAGCUCACGUUAUAUCCUGUUUGCCUACAUGCUGGUCAAUGACACACUGCAGUUACUCUCCUCUGUGUUGCUCUUUUUAUUCAUUAUGGGAAAUCUGAAGCUUGCCAUCAUCUACUGUGCACCACUGCUCUUUUUCUCUGUUGCCACCUUUCAGAAUGGCCCACUAAUUCUAGCUGCCAUGUCACUAGAACGCUACGUGGCUAUCUUCUACCCACUGCGUCGACCCAUCUCUUGGAGGCCUGAAAGAAUUUGGUUGAUUGCUUUGAGCACGUGGGUAAUCAGCUGUAUCACUCCUUUAGUGGAUUUCAUCCUGAUGCGCCCGAAUCCGGCUUGGGAUAUCUACACCACUCAAUUGUCCUGCAAAUCCACUGUACUCAGUGGCUUGCCCAUUCAAAUUCUCUUCAAAGUAGUUGUGAAUGUAGUCUUCUUAGCUGCUGUGGCCCUUAUCAUUCUUUUUACAUACAUUCGGAUCCUUCUGGAGACUCGAAAGAUGCGUGACGACCGGGCAUCUGUAACCAGAGCGCUGCACACUGUGGUGUUGCAUGGAUUACAGCUGCUUUUGAGCAUGAUGGUCUUCACAUUUCCCAUUACUGAAAACUUUAUUGUUCUGAAUGUAAAAUCAAUGCAGGAACAUAUUCAAUUUUUCAAUUACUUCUGCUUUGUGCUGCUGCCACGCUUUCUCAGCCCACUCAUUUAUGGCUUCAGAGAUGAGAGUCUGAGAGGUUAUAUGAAAAAAAGCAUGCCUUGUUAUAAGGCUCAUAUUGGGCCACAUAAAUUAGUAAAAAUCACAAAAUGA